UCAGCAGCUCUGUGUACUGAAGGAGAGCCGCAGUUCUGCAGCAGCAUCAGGAAGUGAAGCAGAAGUGAAUCCGCGUGUAGGAGCUGGAUUACAUUUCAUAACGCACACUUUUAGGACAUAUCAGAUCUGUGGUCUGUGUCUAAGUCUGUGUCUAAGUCUGUGUCGGGUUUGUGUUAUUGACAUGAAUGUCGGUAUCUUAUUCUUUAGCAAGUCUGACAUCACUGACAGUAAUCACAGUGAAAGAAUGAUUAAAAGGGCUUUGUGUGGGACUUCUGUCUGUAUGUAUGUAUGAUGCUGUGGUCAGACUGAGACGUCUGCAUUAGAUCUAUAACAUGUACUGGAAUGUCGGAGCCGCUGAAGACCAGCCUGCCUGCUGCGAUGACGAGCAAGAUGGUGCUGCAGAUAUGGGAGCCAAGCAGUCGGCGACAGGCAGUGCGGUCUUGUCCCAGUCGCCCACCCUAGAAAACAUCCGUGAGGCGUACGGGCAAGGCGAAGAGCACAAGGCGCAGGAGCUGAUCCGGAUAGCCUGUCAGGAGAUCUGCGAAGGACGAGCAGACACGCUGGAGCUUUUGUGUGCUGCCAGUCAACAUGGUGACAAUGAGAGUGUUCGGUUCCUGUUGAAGGAUGCUCGGGUUCAAUUUUCCCAGGAACCCAGUGAAGGGAAUCCAGCUAUCCUGGCUGCGCACUAUGGCCAUCAGUCAGUGGUUCAAGAGCUUCUGAACUCUAUUCCAUUUCCAUGUAUCCGCAAAGACUUGUUGAACUGGAUGCUGGCAACGGCAUGUCAGCAGGGCCAUUUAGACGUGGUGAAGCUGCUGGUCGUCAAUUACCAGGCUGACACAGAGGACUUCGCCCUGCAUAGUGACGAGUUUGCAGUCAUUACUGGCUUGCCGCUGUAUGCUGCAGCCAGGGCAGGAAAUAAGGAGAUAGCAAGGUUUUUGCUGGAGAAUGGCGCCUGCUUCUCUUCGUACACACUGAUGGACUACGGCAACUUCACGCAGGAGCUUCUGAGAGAGCACCUGCUGGAGGACACAGACACACGCAGCGACGGCAGAGUGCAGCAUCCUGUGAGUGUGCAGUGGUCCCGGUUAAAGCUGCCAUGGUUGGAGCUGGACUGGUUCCUGGAUGUUUCUUCCAGGAUCACAGUGCUGGAUGUGUCACACAACAGCCUGAACUCUCUGCCCUCGGUGGUGCCAUGGGGCCUCAUAAACCUGCACACACUCAACCUCUCACACAACAAACUCAAAGAGCUUCAUACACCCCAGUCCUCUCAGGAGAUCAUCUGCAUCAGAUUACAACAAGUCAAUCUGUGCGAGAACGAUUUGGAGAGUCUCCCAAUUGGCUUGCUGCAUCUCAGCCAGAUCCAGAGAAUCUUCGCAGCCAAGAACAAACUCAGCAUCCUUUUCAACAUCCCUAAUGGUACUAACUGGAUCGGGCUGCGCCGGCUUCAGGAGCUGGACGUUUCUGAUAACCACCUGACUGAUCUUGCGUCCCAUGUGCUACACUGCUUCAAAUCCCUCAACAGCCUCAAUAUCAGCAAGAACCGUCUGAGCUGCUUCCCUGACCCCUGGGCAUGUCCCUUGAAAAUCUGCAAAGCUGCAUCCAACCAGAUCCAGAGUCUUCCUGACACAAUCUCCAUCUUCUGGAGGACCCACCUAAAGGAAGUGGACUUUUCGGAGAAUGCCCUGAAGGAGCUGCCCUCCUACAUAUUUGAGCUUGAGGCCAUCGUCUCCCUAAAGCUUUGUGGGAAUCAAAUCUCCAGUUUGCCGGCUCCAAACAAAUGGAAAUGCUCUCAGCUCCGAACCUUAGACCUGUCCAGGAACCAGCUGGGGAAACACAUCAGGACCGAGGAGAACACCAAGACCAGGAGGCUCCCCUUUUUAACCACGUGGCACCGCAGAGACCCAGAACCAGCUUGUCCUGUCCAGUUUCCCAAAAUCCUGCGGGAUUCGCUGGAAGUCCUGUACCUCAACGACAACCAGCUGGAGUGUGUGCCUCCAUCCGUGUGCACCCUUAAAACCCUGUCUGAGCUCUACCUGUCCAAUAAUCCAGGGAUCCAGGAACUCCCAGCUGAACUGGGCCAGCUCUCAAACCUCUGGCAGCUGGACAUAGAAGAGCUAAACAUCACCAAUGUGCCUGCAGAUGUCCGCAGGGAUGGUCCGGCAGCUGUGCUGGCGUUCCUGCGUGCUGAGCUGCGCUGUGCAGAGGCCUGCAGGUUGAUGAAGCUGAUGUUUGUUGGGCCACCGCGUCAGGGGAAAAGUGCUCUACUGGAGUCCCUCCAGACCGGGAGAAACUCACCCUUCUCUUUGUCUGAUCACAGCAUCCGCACCUCAUCCUGGGUCCUAGAAAGACCCAGUGGAGUCAAGAAUAAUGUCGACUCUGUGUCCUUUAAUGUGUGGGACAUUGGAGGUCCGGCCAGCAUGUCCACUGUGAACCAGUGUUUCUUCACGGAUAAAGCUCUGUAUGUGGUGGUCUGGAACCUGGCACUAGGAGAAGAGGCUGUGGCCAACCUGCAGUCCUGGCUGCUCAACAUAGAGGCACGUGCUCCAAACUCAGCGGUAAUUGUUAUCGGCACACACCUGGACCUCAUUGACACUAAGUUUCGCACAGAGCGGAUUGCCACAUUGAGAGCCUACAUACUGGCACUGUGCAGGACACCAUCAGGUGCCAGGGCCAGCGGAUACCCGGACAUCACCUGGAAGCACCUGCACGAGGUGUCAUGUAAGAACCUGGAAGGCAUGGAUGGUCUAAAGAGGCUUCUGUAUCAGGUGGCCUGCUCCAUGAAGGAUAUCAGUAACCCAGCCAGCUGCCACAAACUGGUGGGAAGAUUGAUCCCCAAAAGCUACCUGACCCUUCAGGAGGCUGUGUUAGCAGAGCGUCUGAGAAGAGAUUCGGAAGACGAGGUCCAGUAUCUGACAGAUCUGGAGCUGGAGCAGAUCAUUGAACAGAGCCCAGGCAGUGAUAUCAAAGACUAUGAGGACCUCCAGACUGCGAUCAGUUUUUUAAUCGAGACUGGCACCGUGCUGCACUUCCCUGAUACGAGUCAUGGACUGUGUAAGCUUUACUUCCUGGAUGCUGUAUGGCUAGCUGAAUGUUUAGAGAGGAUUGUGCACUUGAAGAGCUCACGCUCUGUGGCGCGUAACGGCCUGAUCCGCACUGAGGACCUGCGCAUGCUGUUGAUCGGCACCGGCUUUACUCAGCACACAGAGGAGCAGUAUUUCCAAUUCCUCGCCAAGUUCGAGAUUGCGCUGCCUGUGGCCAGCAACAGUUAUCUCCUGCCACACCUGUUGCCUCCCAAACCAGCCAUGGAUAUCCACGGCUUCCGCCAACAUACCAGGAACACUAUCCAGCGCCACUUUAAGAUGAGCUUCGUUCCAGCAGGAUUCUGGGAGCGCUUCAUCGCCCGCAUGCUGAUCAGCCUCAAUCAAAUGGACCUACAGGCCUUAGAGACUAAAAAAGGAUCACGGAGCCCGAGGAACAGGAGCACAGUGAUUUACAGCUUUGCUGGGAAACAGCAGAAGAACCGCUGCAGCACAUUCCGAGUACGUCGCAGCCAGACAAUCUACUGGAAAGAAGGGCUGCUGGUCACAUUUGAUGGGGGAUUCCUGAGUGUGGAGUCAUCCGACCUGAACUGGAAGAAAAAGAAAAGCGGGGGCAUGAAGAUCAUCUGUCAGUCAGAGACCAGAGACUUCUCGGCCAUGGCCUUCAUCGCUGACCACGUUAACGCUCUUAUAGAGCAGUGGUUUCCCGCGUUGACGGCGAGCGAGAGUGACGGAUCUCUGCUGAUCGAGCAGUACGCACCCUGUCCUUAUUGCAAUGCAGUCUUACGGCACACUGACUCUGUUCCUCAGACCAGCUCUACAUCCACUACUGUGCACUACUUCAACAUGGAGGACUGUGUGCUUGCUGCUGCUGAGAAAGAGCACAUCACCUGCCCCAAUCACCCCAAAGAGCUUGUUCCUCUCCAGGAGCUUGUCCCUGAGCUCUUCAUGACAGACUUUCCCUCACGGUUGUUCCUGGUGAAGAGUGAACUGGAGUGGAGGAAACAGGAGAAAGAUAUCCUGGGUCAGGGAGGCAGCGGCACCGUCAUCUACAAAGCCAAGUACAGAGGUCAGCCAGUGGCCAUCAAACACUUCCCCUUUAAGAAAUGCAGACAGCAGGCACUUAACAGCGGCACAGACACUAUGCUGAAACACCUGCAGUCUGUGGAUGCUUCCAGAAGCUUCUCAGAGUUCCGCCAGGAGGCUAGCAUGUUACACACCCUGCAGCACCCCUGUAUUGUGGCCCUUCUGGGCAUCAGCAUCCACCCGCUGUGUUUUGCACUACAGCUGGCGCCACUUGGGAGCCUCAACAGUGUACUGGAGGAACGUAACAAAGGCUCUGGUUUCAUGCCUCUGGGAUACAUGCUGACCUUCAAAGCUGCCUAUCAGGUCGCUGCAGGCUUAGCCUACCUUCACAGGAAGAACAUAAUCUUCUGUGAUCUGAAGUCGGACAACAUCCUCGUUUGGUCACUGCAGGUGGAGGACUCGGUCAAUGUGAAGCUUUCCGACUACGGCAUAUCACGCCAGUCUUUUCAUGAGGGAGCUUUGGGAGUAGAGGGCACGCCAGGAUACCAGGCUCCUGAGAUACGCCCGGGCAUCGUCUAUGAUGAAAAGGUGGACAUGUUCUCUUAUGGGAUGGUCCUGUAUGAGCUGUUGUCUGGUCGCCGGCCAUCGUUGGGACAUCACCAGCUGCAGAUAGCGAAAAAACUCUCCAAAGGCAUCCGGCCUGUUUUGGGAACCACACAGGAAGUGCAGUUCUAUUGCCUGCAGGAUUUAAUGAAGGAAUGUUGGGAGACAAAACCAGAGAAGCGUCCUCUAGCCUUGCCUAUCCUGAGGCAGAUGCAGGAGCCGAGAUUCACCUGUCUAAGGUACCUGUUGCCCUGCGAGCAGCACAGUCAGCUCUUCCUCUCCUCGCUGCAGGGCUACAGCGCCGUGUUCUGGGAUGGUGAAAAAGACAACAGGAACUACACCGUGGUGAACGCAGCCAAAGGUCAGAUGGAGGUGAAGCGAAUGCCGUGCCCAGGAUCACGCCUCAGCUGUCAGUUGAAGACAGAGAACACCCUGUGGACCGCGACUGAGGAGCAGGAGGUUUUUAUAUACAGCCUGAAAGAGAUGUGUCCCUUGAGUCACCCGCAAAAACUGCUCUCUUGUCCGGCCGUGGUCACCUGCCUCAUGCUGCUGCCAGCAAGGUCAGAGUCCCUACCACAGGUUUUUGCUGGCAUGGCAGAUGGCUUGAUUGCUGUAUACACCAUAGUGGAUGAUUUGCCUUUGGAAGGUGUGGCCUAUGUGUGCUCUCACACUGUGAACAAGUCCCUGUUGGCGAUGGAGGAUCUUGAUCCACGUCAAAGGCCAUACCCUGUAAAGAGCAUGGUGCCUAUACGCUCUGGCUCUGAGGUGUGGUACACUAAUGGGCCUGGUGUGCUCGUGAUCGACAGCCUUACACUGCAGCCCAUUCGCCGCCUUGACCCUUACCUCCACCCCUCCUGUGUGGUCUCCAUGAUAUCUGCCCCAAGUUUUAGAGGCGAUGAGGCCAUGUGGUGUCUAGAUGACCACACUAACACUCUGCUGAUGUACCACGCGGGUAGUUAUCAGCUCUGCGCCACUUACAGCUGUGGAGACUUGCACCCUUUACGAGAUGUUUUUCCUAUCCAGAACCCAGCAGGAGUUACAGAUGUCACUGUGAAUGCUGAGGUACAAACGGAGGAAGAGGAACCAUUGCCACUUGAGAUUAAACCUGCUGUUUCAGUAACGAUAAUCCACAGUGAGGAUGCUGGAACACAGAUCCUCAACCAGCAGGACUCAGUAGAUUACUGCUCCAUCAGUUCUUCAGGGUUCAGCUCAGAGCAGAUUGCAGGACUCACCCAUAUUGAGGAUUUCAGUUCAGGGGCCCUCAGCUCUCUAGCCAGCUCCAGUAGCAUGCCCUUCUCCACGGAUUGUGAGGAUACAGACAGAGCUCAGGACGAGCAGAUCCUGGAGGAGUCUUCACCUCUAGAAAGUGUGGAUCCAGCACUACAGAGCAAAAUUCUUCCCCACCUUCAAGCCCUUAACAUUGUUUCAGUCAAGGACACAAUCUGGAUACCCAGGUGCGGAGGUGACAUAAUGGUGAUCGAGGUACAGGAACAGUCAGGACUUCUCAGAGGUCGUGUGAUUGCUGUGCUCACUGUCCCAGGAGUGGAACAGUAUGGGGCCCUAGUGGAAGCUGCGCUGGUUGCAAAGGACACUGUUGUAUGCGGCUUUCAAAACGAAAACAUGGCCUGGUGCCUGGCUGUCUGGAGGGGCUGGGGAGGCCACGAGCUCGAGCUUUUCUACCAGUCCUAUGAAGAGCUUGGCCGUUUGGAGACCAGCAUGAGGAAAAGAAGGUAGCUGUGUGUGAGCGUGUGUGUGCGUUGCAGAGCAGAAUCGCAGCACUGUGUGGUUAAAGGUGACUUUAGGGAAUACACACAUAUGUAAGCGUAAAAGGACUCAACUAUGGGGAACGAGUGAACCUGUGCACUAGAUACUACACACGUACACAAGCCUGGGAUUGAGGGCCUAUCCUGGAGAGAUGGAUUUGGAGGCCUCGAUAUGCAAACAGACACACCAUACAUAGUCGUCAUAUGAGCUUACAUACACACCGUCUAUACAUUUUGGACUGUAUCUCCAAACACACACAUCAUUAUAUUGGGUGAAUCAGAGGCAUGACUGAGAAGAACUGACAUCACUGGUAUAUUCAUGAGGGAAGCUACAGUAACUCAGCAAAGGCCAACACUGUGUGUGUGUGUGUGGGUGGGUGUAUGUAUGUGGGUGUGUGUGUAUGUAUGUGUGUGUUUUUAUGUGUGUGUGUGUGUAUGUACGUGUGUGUAUGUGUGUGUGUUUGUGUGUGUAGGUGUAUGUGUGUGUGUGUGUGUGUGUGUGUGUAGCAGAGCAAAUUAAUCAGCAGGCCAAGACACUUGAGACAAGAGCUCUCAGGCUUCUUCUAACAGCAGCUCAGCCGUACUGGAUGUGUCCCUGACAUGUCACUAUGGUAUUUUUAAUUAUGCCUAGCAAUAAUGUAUUAACCUUAUGUUCUCCAGAGCAUCUUCUACAUACAAUGAAACCAACAGUAAUGGAUUAUGGGAUUUAAUCAGAACUUUAAUGAGUUCACAGGUUUUCAAAUGAUUUGGUGGAAAAUCACCAUUGCAAGAUUUUCUUCUUGCCCCAAAUGUUACAGAGCAUCCAAGACAUUGAUUAGUGUCUGACAUUUGCGUUUUUCUUUUGUACCAAAGCAAUGAAACUUUUGUAGAUAAGAAGUAAUGAUUCUCUCUCAACCGAAUUCUUUUCACACCCAGUAAAUAUUUGCAGUAUCCAUGAGACUGCAUGCAGUUAGUUGGUAAUAUCAAUAAGACUUGCUGACGUGGUUUAGGACACAGUACGACUUUCAUUCAAGACAACCAGGAACACAUUCUUUCCUUGCAAUUUGGGAUGACUAAACACUUAAGAUUAAACACCCAGCCUUCCAUAGUUGCAAUUGUAAAGCAAAAUUGAUGAUUAGACAGAGAACACUAACACGUCAUUUCACAAUCUCCCAUUGGUGUUUAACUAGUUGAUUACAGCUGAGUGUGAAAGCCAUAGCAUAUGAUUUUAGAUCAUUUUUAAACUCAUCAAAGCAUUCAGUGAGCUCUUGUGCCCACUGGAAGCAUCCUAAAACAGACCAUUCCCAUGAGGAUAGAACGUUUUCAUCAUAGGAUGAAGGUGAUCAAGUCCUUUCUAUUGAUUUGCAGUUCCUUUUCUUCUAAGAAAAGUGGUAGACCUAAACCAUGCCUGUAAUAUAAAUGCCCCUCAGAGCCACUGUUUUUUUAUUGAAUUUGUCAAGUCUUUUCAAAAGCAAGAUAAUAUUUCUUAACAUGCCAAUGUUAUUGGCGCUAUUUUGUGAGGCUUUGGACUUGUAGUGUAGAUUAGACUUUGUCUGUAUUAGACUUGGAGCUCCAGUGCAAAACUGAAAAAGGCAAAUGUUGAACCCCAAAAAUGAGUUGGUCUGAUUUGGUACAUUUGGAUUAGAAAAUGGUAUACAUUCUUUUGUGAAAUCAUUUAAAUACCUCUACACUAGUAGAAAUACCAGCAUGUUAGCUUUUAUUACUGUAAAUAUGUAACUAAACUUUGUAAACUGUAUGAUAUUUAUUAUACACCUGCAUGUGUAAAUAGAUUGAUACUGUACUGUACAUUUGAAUAAAACUGUAUCAGACUU